AUGACUGACAGAAAGAGACAGCGCCGCAACGAACUCGAUAACCUUCGCGAGGAGCUUGGUCCUUACUUCCAUCGAUCCUCACCUCGCUCAGACUCUGUCGACACUGUUAGCAACCACAAUCGCACCAGUAGCGGAGGCGGCGGUUCAGGAGGAAACACUGGAACCGGCACUGGAACAGCAACAGGAACAGGCGCCAGUGCCACUUCGGGAGGGAACGGCUUUGCGGGCAGCCCAGGCAGUGGCACCAUGUCGCAACGAAAUCGAAGCGGACGCGGUAGCAACCGCAGCAAUGGCAACAACUCACACGGAGAAGAGGCCCAAAUAUGGGACUCGUGUAAGAGCCAACUAGCUGAGAUCGUCUCGGGCAUCAAUUCCGAGAAUGACAACCUCUCCGAGCUGGUUGACAUGGACAAGAAAGUCGGCUCCACUGACCCCGAAAAGAUUCCCAACGAGUCUCUUAAGCAGAUGGAACAGCUUUGUCGGAACGGCGUCAAGUUCUCCGAGGCCAACGUGGCCAGCAUCAAGGCCGUCAUGGAGCAGCUUAAGAUUAUGCGUGCCGUCAUUGUUGCCAAGGAACAGGCCGAGGCCGGCUCGUCUGCCCCUACAGGCAAACGAAACGCACGAGACAGCGCAGCCGCGGCAGCCGCAUCAUUGUACGAUUUCGACGGAGCCGGAGAUUCGCCCGUGCCCAGCCCGAUUGGCGGUUCCUCCAGAAAAUACGGUGACCGGUCGAGCAAUCGAGACAGAGACAGCAUGCCACCCAAGGCCGAUAGUGUAGAGCCCCAGGGUUCAUCUGGGCCAGGGACUGGAGGCUCAGGAUCAGCUGCUUCUACUUCAGCUGCUGCUGCUGCUGCUGCGGCGGCGGCGGCUGCGGCUGCCAGCAGCAACAAGUCCAAGGUUGUGUUCUCCAAGGGCGAUGCUGUGGCGUUUAAGCCCAAGGCCGGAGGAGAAGGCGUGUCAGAUUGGAUCAUGGGCGAAGUGGCUCAAGUGCUUGGAGAAGGCAAGAGCCGGCGGUACAAGGUGCUGGACAUUGAACCCGACGACCAGAGCAAGCAAAAGGAAUAUCGAACGAGUGCCAGCAGCAUGAUUCCAAUCACGCCCGAGAGCCAAGCGAGCACACUCAAGGACUGGGAGGCGGGACAAGUGGUCUUGGCGCUGUAUCCUAACACCACGACGUUCUACAAGGCGGAAGUACACAGUAUGGACAGUCAAGGCAGAGUGGCUCUCAAGUUUGAAGGCGAGAAUGACUCGACGACUCUGCAGCAGGUCGAGCGGCGAUUUGUGAUUGAGUACAGGGCAUGA